AUACUUGGUUCUUUAAAACACAUUCAGGCUACACUUACCACCUUCUACCAUGGCCUCUGAGGGGCCAGCAGCUCUUGCAUCCAUCCUCCUCUUUCUCAACCUCAUAAUGUAUAUUAUUGUCGCAGCCAUUGCUGGUUGGGCCCUUAACUAUAGCAUCGAUGAGACUCCUUAUGCAGUGUUAAACUUGCCGGUACCAAUUAGACUGUUUCCAAUAUAUGAUCCGAUUGGAAACCUGGCAACUGGAUUUUUUGUGAUCUUUGCACUCAUUGCUGGAGUUGUGGGGAUUGCUACUUCGCUCUCUGGCUUACGAGAUGUCCUCGAAGGGAGUCCGGCUAGCUUAUUAUCAGCCGCAGCCUCUUCUAUAAUUACUUGGGCCCUCACUCUUCUAGCCAUGGGGUUGGCAUGCAAAGAGAUUAGCAUAAGCUUAAGGCCUCCAAACUUGAGAACACUGGAGGCACUGACCAUCAUCUUGAGUGGCACACAACUGCUGUGCGCAGGGGCUCUUAAUGCUGGAGCAACAGCCACCACCGCGCAGGAGCGCUUCACAGGACGACGCUAAGACCAUGAAAAUCAUUUCUGCUAUAUAAUCUAUUUCUCCAUAUUCCCUAUGUUUAAAUUACUUAGAGCUAUCUUCAUCCAUCAGUUUCAUGUUCCACAUUUUUCUGUAAUUCUUGGAGAUGACAAGACAUCAGUAAAUAAAAAUUUAUAGAGUUUAUGAA